CUUAUUGCAUGACUGUGUAAAAGGACCACACGCUGUCCCUUCAAUAUGCUUCUCACCAAGAAGCAGGCUCUCGCCGGCGUUGCCGUGCUGACGACCGGUGCACUUGCCCAAGUCGCCGGUGAAGACUGGGCUCACAUUCCGCUGGGCUGUAUCGCUGCCGACUUCUCGGGCCUGUCUCCUCCGGUGACCUUUGUCAACAACAAUGAGGUCGUCUGCUCGACCUACUGCUACGAGAACAACUUUGGCACUGCUGCUACCCAGGGAACCCAAUGCUACUGUGGUCCCGCCGAUCUGGACGGCGAGUUCCGCGAGAACCAGGAAGAGUGCGACAUUGUCUGCCCCGGGGCUCAGCCGGACCUGCCAGAUGAGGCGUGCGGCGGAACCCAAGCCAGCCCGUCUGUCUACAACUUUUACGCCAUCUUCAACCUCAACGAGCCGUUCCCCCCGGAGCCCCCGGUGACCGAGAGCGCCACCACCCCCGAGGCCACUCCUUCUACCCCUGUCACGGUCACCGAGUCUGACAUCAUGCCAACCCCCCCUGUUGUGACCUCUCCGGGUGUCGGCCCUGACACUGUUUCGACCACGGCUCCCGGCACAGUCCCCACUGCUCCCCCGAGCACCUUUUCCAUGAGCAUGUCGAUGAGCAUGUCAGACGACGAGGGCGUGCUCCCCGGCGGCGGCACCGAGGCGAGCACCGCCACCGGCACGCUGACCAGCACAACCUCCGCCGCCGGCGACGACGCGGCCGCAGUCGUGACCGAGACUGCCACCUCGACCUGGACGACCACGACCUGCACCAACGGCCCCUGCGGCGGCUACGCGCUCCCGACGGGCGGCCUGGGCGCGCUCCCCGCAGGCUGGAAGAUCUUCAUCGAGAUCACCAUCGUGCCGCUGGUGGAGCCGUGCGCCGACGGCCGCAUGACGACGACCAUGGCGCCGUCGACGUCGACGCGCUACUACGACCCGGCCAUGAGCACCACCACCAUCAUCAUCGAGGACACCAUCACGCGCACCAUCCUCGUGCCCGUCAGCCACGUCACCGUCUCGCCUUGGAGCCCCGGCAGGACCAACGGCACACAGGAUAUUCCCGUCCAGGCCAACGGAGCCGCAGGUUUGUUGGCUUCUGGGGAUGCGCUGCUGCGGGGAUUGGUUUCGUUGGGCGUUGUUGUUGCUGCUGCUCUCAUGUGGUAA